AUGUUCCCCUCAGCAUCCCUCCUCGCGUUCUCGCUGCUUGCGACCGUCUACGGUCAGCAGGUCGGCACCCUCACGGCAGAGAGCCACCCCCGCCUCACCAUGCAGCAAUGCACGAGCGCGAACAACUGCCAGACCCAGCAGCACUCCGUCGUGCUCGACUCCAACUGGCGCUGGCUCCACUCGACCUCCGGCAGCACCAACUGCUACACCGGCAACACCUGGGACGCCUCGCUGUGCCCCGACGCGACCACUUGCGCCGCCAACUGCGCUCUCGACGGUGCUGACUACGCCGGCACCUACGGUAUCACCACCAGCGGCAACGCGCUCACGCUCAAGUUCGUCACCCAGGGCCCGUACUCGAAGAACAUCGGUUCGCGUGUCUACCUCAUGGACGCCAACGACCAGAAGUACGAGAUGUUCAACAUGAAGAACCAGGAGUUCACCUUCGACGUCGACAUGUCGAACCUCCCCUGUGGUCUCAACGGCGCACUCUACUUCGUCGAGAUGGACGCGGACGGUGGCGCAGCGCGCUUCCCCACCAACAAGGCCGGCAGCAAGUACGGAACUGGCUACUGCGACACCCAGUGCCCGCAGGACAUCAAGUUCAUCAACGGCCAGGCCAACAUCGAGGGCUGGGAGGGCUCCCCCACCGACCCCAACGCGGGCUCGGGCAACUUCGGUACCUGCUGUAACGAGAUGGACGUCUGGGAGGCGAACAAGAACGGCGCGGCCUUCACCCCCCACGUCUGCUCCGUCCAAGGCCAGACGCGCUGCUCGGGCGAGCAGUGCGGCGACGGCGACGAGCGGUACGACGGCAUCUGCGACAAGGACGGCUGCGACUUCAACUCGUUCCGCAUGGGCGACCAGACCUUCCUCGGCCCGGGGAUGACGGUCGACACGAACCAGAAGUUCACGGUCGUCACGCAGUUCCUGACGAACAACAACCAGACGUCCGGCACGCUCUCCGAGAUCCGCCGCCUGUACGUGCAGAACGGGAAGGUGAUCGCGAACUCGAAGACGAACAUCCCCGGGCUCGCGACGUUUGACUCCGUCACGGACGAGUUCUGUAACGCGCAGAAGGAGGUCUUCGGCGACACCAACACGUUCGAGCAGCUCGGCGGCCUCAACCAGAUGGGCCAGUCCUUCGACCGCGGCAUGGCGCUCGUCAUGUCCAUCUGGGACGACCACGCUGCGGGCAUGCUCUGGCUCGACGCCGACUACCCCACCGACGUCCCCGCCACGAACCCCGGUGUCUCCCGCGGCCCCUGCUCGGCCACCUCCGGCGACCCGACCACGAUCGAGAACAGCGAGGCGAACUCGUCCGUCACCUUCUCGAACAUCAAGGUCGGCCCCAUCGGCUCGACUUACUGA